CUGUUCCCUCCCCUCGGUUCUCUCUCCUGUUCUCUCUCCUGGUCUCUCCCCUGUUCUCUCUCCUGUUUUCUCUCGGUUCUCCCACUGCCCAGCGACUCAUGGGUUGAUCCAUGGUGUCUCCUUCAAGGGUUAACAAUGAGUCAUUCAGCGGAGAGACUUUGAGUGAUUUCCAGGAAACUGCUUAUGUUAUGGGAAACAGUGGAAAUACCUCCCGGAGCCAUAGGAUUACACUUCACACCGGCUAUUAUCUAUAACUUUGUUAUCUUUCACUCUUUCACUCACUUACACACCUAACCCUAACCCUUUUGAAGGGAAUUAGGCCUACUGCGCAAGUGCGCAAAAAAAACCCACAAAUCUACCAAAACAAAUAAAUAUCGUUUAUUGGAUGAUGUGUCUAAAAAGUUCGAUCACUUACUUCCAGAGGUAAGAACUCGUGAUGAUGGUGAAGUUGAGAUGGAGCCGCACACCCCAGCCGGACCGCUGACGGACAGACAGAACGGUAUAAUGUCUCAGAUAACAGAGCAUCACUGGCCGCGUCACACCUCGUCCUAAUUAAUGAUCCUCCUCCAAAACCCGGGGUGUGAAGUAGCGCGCUCGAUCACUUUUAGAAACUCAGAACACUCUGGGUGCAACAGCGCUUGUCUCCGUUUCCAAAGGAUGCAGUCCCACGAGGAGGAGGAUGUUGGGCUCGAGGCAGUCCAAGGCGCCCUCCAGCCGAUUUGGGACGCCAUGCUGGGACAUCGGGACGUCCUCACCUCCCCGCUGACGCCCGGGCUCAGCGCUCUCAUCAUCCACCUUGUUCUCUGCGCGCCUUUCUUUCUGCUCGACGUGCUCGCGUGCGUGUGUCCCCGCGUGCAUUCGUACCAGAUCUCCGAGAGCACUUCGGGAAAGCGCGUGCUGCGCAAUUGGAGUAUGACCCUCAAGAGGAUACUCGUGAACUACGCGGCGGUGAUCGUGCCGUUCACCGCGGUGCUGCAGUCCCUCACGAGCCCCCGGUUCCCGCUCCUCGCGCCCACCUGCUUGCAGCUCUGCGUCCACGUGGUGCUCUGCGUGCUGCUGUUCGAUCUGCUCUUCUUCGCGUGGCACUGGGCUAUGCACAGGUUCCGAUGGCUGUUCCUCCACGUCCACCGGCACCACCACCGACACCACCCCGUCCCCAUGGCGCUGGCCGCCCAGGACGCCGGCGCCGCCGAGGUGCUGUCGCAGCUGCUGCUGGCGCUGGGCACCGCCCGGCUCCUGGGGCUGCACCCCCUCAGCGAGGCCGCCUUCCACCUGCUCAACAGCUGGCUGGCCGUGGAGGACCACUGCGGCUACAGGCUGCCCUGGGGCCUCCAGAGGCUGCUGCCCCGGCUGGGCGCGGGGGCCCCCCACCACCAGCUCCACCACAGCCUCCAGAAGGGCAACUACGCCCCCUACUUCACCAUCUGGGACCGCCUCCUGGGCACGGAGCUCUGACGGCGUUGGCCGCGCCUCAGGGAUGACGGACGGGACGGGGGGCCAAUGAGACGCGGGGGUUUAGCCACGCUGGUUGGGAAGUCGUUUUACUGAGGAAAACUAUGAAUGAAUGAAUUACUAUGGAUCUUUUAUUUUUAAAAGGGAAUGAAAUUAGGGAUAGUUAUUUUUUUGUGAAUACAAUUUAAUAUUUAAGUUAAAGAGAUUGUUCUAGUCUAUCCGACCAACACGUCUCUGUGGUAGAGCCAUUCAUCAUGGAAUGCACGCUAUUGCACGGUUCUCAGCCGAGUCAGUCAGACUCAGUGCUACCGGAAACUCGACUGGAAAUGGGAGGAGUCGUCCACAAAGCAAUAUCUCCGUAAAGACGGACUCAUGGCACAAGCACUCCUAGCUGUAGAAACGCUGUAGUAAAUAUUCAAGGCCACUCUGUGGCACUGGUUCUCCACCAACUGCGCCUGCGAAAUGUAUACAAACAUACAGUCGAGGAGGAGAAAGCCGUUGUUAAACCUUUUAGAUUGAGCAGAAAUCGAUCUUAUCCACCCUGGAACCUGGUUUCAGAAAAUUGUGUUUUCGGCCACUGAAAACGACGCUCGCCCCAAUCGCACAAGGCGUAUGCAUUUUCAUAAAAGAAUAAUUUCUGUGUGGAUGGGGCCUCAAUGAUAGGGUGAGACGCUCCUGCCCCCACUACCCCAACCCGGAUCAGCGAUUGAAGAUGAUGAGAUUUAUCUUAAAGAAAUAGUUUUAUUCUGGUAUGUUACACUGCUCAUUUAAAAUCAGGUGCGAGUAUGAAAGAUGGUGGAUCACGAUGAAGCAUUUCCAGAAGUUAUGUCUAAAUUCAUAUCGAUUGGAAGCCCUAAGUUUGAGUCACUUAAAUCCUAAGCUAACUCAAGGCUAACAAGAACAAUCACACCUCAAUCACAGAUCUUUAAGUAUUUCUGUUUUCACAAGUAUCUUGCCACUGUCCAAAUGUAUUCAUUCAGAUCGGAUCUGAAUGAUGAAUGACACGUGCUCACCACACAUGUUUCUGUUUAAAACAAUGAAAUCAUGAGCCCUAAUCAACCCCCUGACAUUCCUGAGAAUAAACCAAAAGCACAUUCAACUUCAAGUUUCUGUUCAGUAUUUAUCAUCCUC